AUGGCCAAAUCUGCCAACCAGAUCCACCGUGCCUGGUGGAAGGAAUCCUCCGUCUAUCAAAUCUGGCCCGCUUCGUUCAAGGACUCCAACGAUGACGGCAUCGGUGACAUUCCCGGUAUCAUUUCGAAGUUGGAUCAUAUUAAGAACCUGGGCAUUGAUAUUGUUUGGCUUUGUCCGUCUUACAAGUCGCCCCAGGUGGACAUGGGAUAUGAUAUCGCCGAUUACUACAACAUUGCGGAUGAGUAUGGUACGGUCGCAGAUGUCGACAAGCUGAUCAAGGGAUGCCAUGAUCGAGGCAUGAAGCUGCUCAUGGACCUGGUGGUGAACCAUACGAGUGAUCAACACGAGUGGUUCAAGCAAUCGCGCAGCUCCAAGGACAAUGAAUACCGUAACUGGUAUGUCUGGAAACCGGCCAAGUACGACGAGCACGGCAACCGCCAGCCACCAAACAACUGGGUUUCGCAUUUUCAAGGAAGUGUCUGGGAAUGGGACGAGUUGACCGGCGAAUACUACCUCCACCUCUACGCAACAGAACAGCCCGAUCUCAACUGGGAGCACCCACCCGUCCGCAAAGCAGUCGAAGACAUUAUGCGAUUCUGGCUGGACAAAGGCGCAGAUGGAUUCCGAAUGGACGUGAUCAACUUCAUCAGCAAGCACCAAGAUUUCCCAGAUGCCCCCAUCAAGGAUCCUCGCACCCCGUGGCAAUGGGGAGACAAGUGGUACGCCAACGGUCCUCGUCUACACGAGUAUCUCCAAAUGGUGGGGAGUAUCCUCAAGGAAUACGACGCCUUCAGUGUAGGCGAGAUGCCGUUCGUCACGGACACGGAUGAGGUGCUCCGCGCCGUGCAGUAUGAUCGCAAUGAGAUCAACAUGAUCUUCAACUUCGAACAUGUGGAUAUCGACCACGGCAAAUACGACAAAUUCGAGCCCGGUAGCUGGAAACUCACGGACCUGAAGUCCUUUUUCGAGAGGUGGCAGAAAUUCAUGUAUGAGAAUGACGGCUGGAACGCCCUGUACUGGGAGAACCAUGACCAGCCUCGAUCGAUUGACCGUUAUGUGGGUGCCAGAGAGGAGUACCACGCCGCGGCGGGUAAAAUGCUGGCAACUGUGUUGGCCUUGAAGUCAGGAACUCCUUUCGUCUAUCAAGGACAGGAAAUUGGAAUGAGAAACGUGCCCAUCGAGUGGGACAUGGACGAGUACAAGGACAUUGACUGUCUCAACCACUGGCAUAGACUCCUGAAAGACCCCAAGGCCGACGACACGACCAAACACAUCGCCCGACAAGAGUACCAGAAGAAGUCCCGAGAUAACGGUCGCACGCCCGUCCAGUGGUCUCCGGAACCUAACGCAGGCUUCACUGGCCCGAACGUCAAGCCCUGGAUGUCCGUCAACCCUGACUACCCACUGGUCAACGCCGAGGACCAGGCCGAGGACCAGACCGAGGACCCGGCGUCCCUCUACCACUACUGGGCCACGGUGCUUAAACUGCGCAAGCAGUACCUGGACAUCUUCGUGUACGGAAACUACGAGCUGGUGGAUCGUGAUAGCCAGGAAAUCUUCGCAUACACUCGUCAAUAUGAGGGCCAGAAGGCGCUGGUGUUGGCGAACUGGACGGACAAGGAACUCGAGUGGGAUGCUGCCGGCAAUGGCAUCACAGCAGUUAAGGACGUGCUGUUGAAUAGCUAUGAGAGUGCCGAGGGCGCCAAGAAGCGCGUUUCCACUGCCAAGUGGAGUCUCCGACCGUAUGAGGCCAUCGUUGCGCUUGUGUAG